AUGUCGCAUGAACUAAAAGCCAGGGAGAUCUUUGAUCAAUUUGCAUCAAUUAACCCGAAGUUAAAUCCGGAUGAAAAAACAUUGAAUCUUGACCAAUUCACCACAAUUUUGGCGCCAUUCUCUUCUGAUGUUCCUAGAGGUUCGUAUUCGUUGUUAUAUUUAGCAGCUGACCACGAACGUAAGGGUUACAUUGAUGAAAAGGAUUGGUUGAAAUUUAUCAAAAUCUUAACGUCUAAGGAUGGUGAAUUCAAGUUAACAUUUAAUCUUAUUGGUAAGGAUACAGCUGCUAGUGAUAAGAUCACAUACACUGAAUGUAUCGAGAAAUUGAACAAGAUUAACAGGGCUAUCGAUCCAGCCUACCAACAGAAGAUGGUAAAGUUGAAUUGGACUUAUUUUACCAAGUUUUUUGCCCCACAUGGUUCAAUUGAAUAUAGUGAUUUUGUCACUUUAAUCAAUUAUUUGCCUAUCACCAAGUUGAUUGGUAACUUUGAAAUGGUUGCCGGUAAAUCCGGUGUUAUUUCUGAUAGUGAAUUGUAUGAUUUGUUGACGAGAAAUCUCAACCACAAAUUGUCGUAUAAAUUGAGACACAAUUUGAUUACCUUACCAGAUUAUUUCAAUAAAAAGGAAUUUAGUUUGAGUAAUGUGCUAUUUAUUUACAACUGUUUGAAUAAAAUCGAUCUUAUCAACGAAGUUAUUGCUAAUACUCCACCAACUACCAGCGACAAAGGUGACAUUUUAAUUGACAAGAAUGACUUAUACAAUCACCUUAAUGAUCAUUUAUUGAAAUCUUCAAACUUCAAGCCAGUGUCAACACCAGAAUUAGAUUUAUUAUUUCAUUUGAUCAAUAAGAAUGAAGAAACAAUUCCCCGUAAAGAAUUGAUUUCAGUAUUGAAUCCAAAUUAUGAUAAUAACUACAAGACAUUGUAUUCAAUCUUUGAACAUCCCGCAGCACAACCUGUUCAGGAUGAUAAUUUUUCUUUAUGGCCUAUUUUUGAUUCAUUGUACUCCUUUUUCUUAGGUUCAAUUGCUGGGUGUAUUGGGGCUACAGUUGUUUACCCAAUUGAUCUUGUUAAGACUAGAAUGCAAGCUCAAAGACACAAAGCUGCUUAUGCAAAUUCUUUUGAUUGUUUCAAAAAAAUUAUCAAGCAUGAAGGUUUAAAGGGUUUGUACUCUGGUUUAGGAGCUCAAUUAGUGGGUGUUGCUCCAGAGAAGGCUAUUAAAUUGACUGUUAAUGAUUUGGUCAGAAAGAUUGGGACAGAUGAUGAUGGUCAAAUCACCAUGAACUGGGAAAUUCUUGCUGGUAUGUCUGCUGGGGGUUGUCAAGUUGUUUUCACGAAUCCUUUGGAAAUCGUUAAAAUUAGAUUACAAAUGCAAGGUGGUGCUUCAAAGGCAUUGAACCCAGGUGAAAUCCCUCAUAAGCGUCUUAGCGCUGGUCAAAUUAUUAAGCAAUUAGGUAUUAAGGGUUUAUACAAGGGUGCAACUGCAUGUUUAUUGAGAGAUGUUCCUUUUUCUGCUAUAUAUUUCCCAACCUACGCUAAUUUGAAGAGAAUAUUAUUUAAUUUUGAUCCUAAUGAUGCAAACAAGAAGCAUAGAUUAGACUCAUGGCAAUUAUUGAUUGCCGGUGCUUUAGCCGGUGCACCAGCUGCGUUCUUUACUACUCCAGCGGAUGUGAUUAAGACCAGACUUCAAGUAGAAAGUAAGUCCAAUGAAGUUAAAUAUCGUGGUAUUGGCCAUGCUUUCAAGGUCAUCUUAAAGGAAGAAGGUGUUGGAGCUUUCUUCAAGGGUUCGAUUGCCAGAGUGUUUAGAUCUUCUCCUCAAUUCGGGUUUACUUUAGCAUCUUAUGAACUUUUGCAAAACUUAUUCCCAUUGCAUCCAGCAAAUACCAAGGAAUCCAACUUCAAAGCAAUUAGUGGAUAUCCUGGUGUUUACAACUUAACUAAUGAUCAAGUUUACAAUUCACAGAAAGGAAAUAGACUCAUGAUGUUCAACAAAGACAAGUUAUUUGAAGCUCAUGGGUUAAGCUAUGAUAAGUCUGGCUUGAAUGACGCAUUGAUUAAAUUACCUGCCGAGUACGUGUAUAAAUCGCAAGAUACCAUCAAAUUGUUAUUGGAUAUCGAUUACAAAUUCGGAAACUUCAAUUAUGAUUCAUAUUUGAAUUAUUUAUCUUUCAAGCGUGGAUUUUAA